AUGGCAGCUCCCGAGGUUACAGGGGAAGGCUCUGUAAUUUCUCCCACGGAGCUACCAGCCGACACUUCCGGCAAAUCUAAUAGGUCAGACAAGGGCAAGAAACAACCCGCUAAAUACGACCUCGAUCAAUGCAUCGCGGCAAUAAAGGGGGAAAAGGUCCCAUCCGAUUUAAGCUCAUUUUGGCAUCGCAGAGCAGUCAUCCGCGGGAUCCGUGUUUCACUCCAAUUUGCAACAAGCCCGGAAAUCAGCGAGCUAUGCUCCGGCGACGAUAGCCAGGCUCAUCAAUUUUCGCGCGCCCGUAAUGCUCGCCUGAUAAUGAGUGAUAUUAUCCCCGAUAUGCAAAAUCCUGCCUCCCAGCCGUACUGCAUUUGGUAUCCAGAACCUGCAUCGGAAGAAACCUACCGUGAGGUUGCCCGUCAAUAUCCGUCCAUGCGGUAUCAAGUCGGCCGAGCAUGUGCUGCUGCUUAUUAUACGGAUCUUUAUAAAGAAUUGGAUCUUCUGCCGGAUGUAUCUAUAGCCGAAGAAGCCCGCAAUGUUGACGAAGAUGCCGAUAUCUAUAAAAUCAUUAUGUCUACUCCUCAAAGAUGGGCCGUCAUGGAUGACUUCACUCGAUCUGUUAAUCUUGAAAGUCCACAAACACCCGCGUUUCUGAAUGGCAACAUGAAGCCCCGACGGGCUUUGCGCCAGCGUGUUCUUCCUCCGAAAAAUUUGCCAGAUACGACUGCAGAUGAUAUUGACAUUGAGGAAGAUGGAUUUAUUGGGCUGAAAGAAAAAAUCAGCAUAGUAGAUCACGAUGCUAUACUCGGCCCAGGUGCAAAACUAGGCCCAGGUGCAAAACUAGGCCCAGGAGAGUCCGAGCAUUUAUGGAUGCCUCUUUUGCCCGAUCUUCCACUUAUUGACAAGCGCCUUCCAACGCAAAUGGCUGCAUGGGAGGGUAAUGUGGAUAGAUACGCUCGUCUGAUGCACCCACGUAGGCUCAGAACAGAAACUGAAUACAAUUGUAUUCUUCGUGGGAUUUAUCACCAUACAAGUUUUGCCAGAUGGUGGGCCUAUCAGUUGGACUCUAAUCCCGGGAGAAUUUUUCUCCCGGGUAAAUUGCUCAGCGAAGGCAAUGAGCGCGAAUGUCGAGAGAUUCGCACCGCGAUAAAUGCUCGCAAAAUAAUGAAUAAUGAUAUCUCUGACAUUGAAGAUGGCUCUGACUGCCUCCCUUGGCUUAUCUGGUGGCCGGUAAGGCCUGAUGAGAACACUCUGCGUGAGCUGGCUGGCAAGUGUCCGUCCAUGAGACACCAAAUUGCGAUCACCUCCAUACUUUGUGACUACCGCUCGCUUUUCAGAAACCCAUUCUACCUCAAAUAUCUAGAGGAAUUUGUCAGGGAGCGUUCCAUUGGAAGCAGAGAAAUCUCAGAGUUCGGUCCUUAUGAUACCACCGUGGAAGCAAGUUUACAGCCUGAUUUGGAGCCCAGAGAUACUCAAGCUCAUUCUUCUAUCAACUUCUCUGAUAUGUGUGUCCCGUGGGGAGAGCAUCCCAGGGGCGAAUGGGACGCUCCUGGUAUAUAUGGGGGCCUGCCGGUCCAAGCGGGUAUUGUGGAGAGAUACAUGUGGCUGCCAACUGAAACUGCGCAGAAGAUUAAAGAUGAAUGCCGUGAAUACAGCGGAGUCUACCAUGGCAGCGCGGAUACUGGCUACUUGUAUAUUGAUGAUGAUGACUCGGAUAAUGAACUUUGGGUGAAGCUCUCACGUCCUAUAAGGCGUAUGACAUCCUUCGAAAUAAAAGACUCGGAGGACGAAAGCUAG